AUAUACUACCUGUGUACCCAAAGUCAGGAUCACUUUGACUGUCAGAAACUGCUUGAGAUAGUCAACGUAUCUACUCCUAUACCUCAUUAAAAAUGGAAGAACUUGACAAGAACCAGCUGACCCUUCUGAAGAAUGCCUUCGACGCUUUCGACCACGAGAAGAAAGGAGUCAUAAGCACAGACAUGAUUGGCACCAUUCUGGAAAUGUUAGGACACGAGAUUGAUGACGAUUCCUUGAAAGAAAUUAUAGCAGAAGUUGACGAGGACGGUUCGGGUGAAUUGGAGUUCAAUGAGUUCUGCAAGCUGGCGGCGCAGUUCCUCACAGAGGAGGAGGAGCCAGACAGUGAGGCCAUGACGGCCGAGCUCAGAGAGGCCUUCAGAUUAUACGACAAAGAAGGUAACGGUUACAUCACGACAGACGUGCUGCGUGAGAUCUUUAUGGAGCUGGACAGCUCCAUCCCGAAGGAUGACAUGGACGCCAUGAUUGAGGACAUUGACUCUGACGGUUCGGGCACAGUGGACUUUGAGGAAUUCCUUGAAGUCAUGACUGGUGAAUAAACUUCAACUCGACAGUUUAGCUUAUAAGUCUACUAAUUAUAAGCCCUUUUUACCAUGUUAGUAUUACUUCACUGUAAUUAUGUUAAUUCUUAAGCUAAACAAAGUGAUAUUUAGAUUAAGUUACGACCAAAAUUCAAUCACCAUGAAGCGUCUAUAACAAAUGUCUGAGACUAUGACAGAUUGAAUUUUUAUGAAACCUAUAUACCUAAUUGUAUUUUGUAAAUAUUCUACUGAUAAUGUACAAACACUGCUCGCAGGGGA